CCGGAGCCCGAGAGCGGUGGGAGAGAGAGGGAAGGAAACCGCGCGGGUGCUUCUGCGCUUGCGCUCUGGCGCGCUCUCUCUCUCUCCCAUCCCCCGAGCUCCUCCCACAAGAAAGGAAGAGACGGAGCCUUGUGCGCAUCCGUCAGAAAUUGGCGGGAGGCGGAGAAGAUGUCACUUAACUUGUGUGGUGAAGAUUUCUUUCUGGAAGAGAAUAAAUUCAAGCAAUAUUGUGCAGAAUUUAUCAAACACUCGCAACAAGAAGGAGACAAUUGGCAGUGGAGAAUUGUAAAGGACUCUGUUGAUGAUGGCUAUAUGACUAAAACACACUUUCAAGUGAAAGGUGGAAGUGUCGCAGCAGACAUAGAGGAUAUGGCUAGUGAGCGUGAUGAAAUAACAUUCGCACAUAUUGGGGAAUGUCUAGAUGACUCUCAAGUGGCUGGAAACUCUGCAGCAUCUGAGGUGAUUCGCUAUGAAUAUCAUGUUUUGUACUCCUGCAGCUAUCAAGCUCCUGUACUUUAUUUUAGGGCAUGUUUUUUAGAUGGAAGGCCUUUAACUCUGGAUGAAAUAUGGAAAGGAGUACAUGAAUGCUACAGGGAGCAGCUCUGGCAGGGCCCCUGGGAUACCAUUACACAACAGGAGCAUCCAUUGCUUGGACAGCCUUUCUUUGUUCUUCAUCCUUGCCGGACAAAUGAAUUUAUGUCUGCGGUGUUAUCCAGUUCGUAUAAACAAAGCAGGAAUACAAACUAUAUUAUUUCAUGGCUGAGUAUUGUAGGCCCAAUGGUGGGUCUCAAUCUACCUCUGAGUUAUGCAAAAGCCAGUUCUGAGCAGACUACAAGUGCUGACUAAAGAGAUUCUGAACAGGAGCAUGGGUAGUGGCGAAGCAUAAAGAUGUCCCACCAGUCCUGUAGCUCAGCUCAGACAGGAAACUUAGGAUAACAUCAACACCACCCCAAAAAGCCUAAGCAGAGGUUCAUGUUAAUGGUUCAUUAACAUUCAUGUGUUAAUUAUAAUCAAGUCUUAGGAAGCAAUUCUAAUUGCAACAAGUAUGAUACAUGGUCUUUGCAGGAAAGAAAUGCCUUUUCUCUUUCCCGAAACUUGAUACAGUAACUGUUUGGGGUAACUUAUUUCUGAAGUAAUUCACAAAGUAUAUCCACAAAAAGACAACAUCGGUCAAAGGAAUUUAAAGUUUCUCCCUACAUUAACUUCUGUUUUGGUUUCAGUUGCUUCUAUGAAGAGGAAUUAUUUUGUAGGAAAUGGUUCCCUUGCUGCUGUUUUGCCUUGGCUUAGACCCAUUAGCAACAAGUUACAAAUACACAGAUUGCUUCACACAUUACAGAAUACACUUCCCUUGAAGAAUCAGCAUGAAACUGCUGCUGUACUCUGUGUGUUAUGAUCAGACAUGGUGUUUAUAGGCUUCAUACAAAUGAACACCUAGAACUGGCCAUGAGUUCUCACGUAGUCUGUACACAGUAAUACAUGUAGCAAUGCACACAUUUGACUUGGGACCAAACUGGGUAUGAUGUGGCCAUCACAUUUGUUGUUCAUGUGUCUUCCCUGAUAGUGCAAAAACUGAGGAAGGGGUGUGUGAUUUUUGUCAUCAGAGGUGCUGUGCAGUAUGAGCACUUCCUUUUUAUUACCUUUUCAGGGUCUGUCACCUAAACACUUUAACCCUCAGAUUUGUUCCAAUACCAGAAGUGAGCCAGGCUGUUGGGACAGGGAGGUGGAUUGGCAUGAGGACAGUUUCACCUUUGUACCUCUCUGAUACUACAAUUAAACUUCACCACCAGCCUGUCAUUAUAUGUGAAACAGGAAACAUGGCUGCUAGUUUCCCACCUGGUUUGUUUCAUGUUAUGCUUCGCCAGCAUGGUGUAGUGGUUAAGAGUGGUGGACUCGUAAUCUGGUGAACCGGGUUCACUUCCCCGCUCCUCCACCUGCAGCUGCUGGAUGACCUUGGGCUAGUCACACUUCUCUGAAGUCUCUCAGCCUCACUCACCUCACAGAGUGUUUGUUGUGGGGGAGGAAGGGAAAGGAGAUUGUUAGCUGCUUUGAAACUCCUUAAGGGGAGUGAAAGGCGGGAUAUCAAGUCCAAACACUCCUCCUCCUCCAGUGAAGCAUAGGAAAAAUGUAAUGUUAAAUGUUGACCCUAAAUUAAGCUGUCUUGGCUUUAAAUGGCCCUCAAUGUUUUGUGUCACUUUCCCUCUGCCUUCUCUUUGUGCUGCUUUUCUCCUCAGCAUAGGCUUCGUAAAAGGGACAGCUACGGCACAUUGAAAACCUGUUUAGCAAGUCCUUGUCGCUUCAAUUAGGACUCUGCUAAAUGCCCAGUAAUAGUCUUCAUGUUACAUAUGUUUAUCUGGCUUAUCCAUUCAAGAGGUUAAUUAACAAUUAAUAUAGGAAAUCAAUUAGCAAAAAAGUCCAGAUAUUAAUUUCACUUCCAUUUAAAUCAGCCACUGCUCUAUUAAUGUCAGUUACGUUGCUGAGAUGCAUCAUAGCACAGAUAUACCUCUUAGUUUCCCUCCCACUGUCCUGGACAUACACACAAUCUGUAUUUGUUACUGCAUUGAGUGGAUGUAGUUUAAUACGAUAAGGAAUAUAAAGAUGACUAAAAAUUCCAGGGUUGCAUUGAUGAAGUUAAAGUCUCCAAAGUUCACUAACUGGUAAUAUAUGGCACCAGCUUUCUUCAUAAUAUUAAAAAAAUGGUUUAGCUUCCACUCAAGGCAGUUUAGUGGGUUUUAUGUUAACUUGGGCUUGUACUAAUCUUUGGUUCAUGAAUAAAGACCACACCAUACUUUACCUAGGUAAGUCCCCACUAUUAUUAAGUGGAUUCCACAUAUAACCACCACAGUGAGAAGUGUUACUCUGGCCCAGUUUGCAUGUGACUUUAAACCAUAAACUUCAAUUUAUUGUUAAUGCACAGGAAGUUUAUGUGUGCUGUUCAAACGUUUGUGCUUCACUCCUCCCCUGCUCCUGAUGCACCAAGCAGGAAACAAGCCACAGUCUGGCAUGUGUACCAGAGGCGUAGCGUGGGGGGUGCUGUGAGGGCCAUGGCCCCAAGCGCAAUUUUGAGAGGGGGCACAAACACCCCUCUCCUACCCUGAACUGUGGUGCAAGGGAGGGUGCCCUCCAUGCCUUUCCCCCUCAGGGGUGUGCCCACCCCAGACUGCACUGGCCGAUGUGAACCCAGGCUUCUGGUCUGUUUUAACCAAACAAACCACUAGUAGAAGCUAGGGUUUGUUCUUGGCUACCUGCUAGUGGUGUGUUUGGGGGGGGGGGCAACUGUUCCGUGCAAGAAUAUUAGGAGCUGUGUUUCCCAACGUGGCUCCCUCCAGAUGUUAUGAACUCAAGUGACCCUUGGACAUUUUGACUCGGCCCGAUGGGAGUUGGAGUCCUAGACAUCUAGAGUGCACCAAGUUGGGGAGGGCUAUAUAAUAGGAUAGGAACAGAUGACUUAAACCAGUUCAGAUAAAUGGUUGAUGAAGCUAGGGAUAUUGCAUCUGAACUUUGCCUUAGUCCAUGUAGCCCAGCAUUGUGUACUCUUAGUGGUAGUGACUCUCCAUGGUAUCAGAAAAAGAGAGGUCUUUUCACAGCGCCUGUUAAAACAACUUUUUUUUAAAUGGAGAAGCUGGAACCUUCUGCAUGCAAAGUAUAUGUUCCAGCAUUAACUUUUGAUGUCUGAACGAAAGAGAACAGGAUUGCAAGCUACACAAUGAAGUGUUUUGUACAGUUCCCUCCUCUCACAUCUAAAAGCAAAAUAAAUUACACAAAGCAAACAAAUAAACGAUUUGUAUUAUUUGUGUGAGUAACAGCGUUUGGUUUCAUGCAAAUUUUGGAUUCGUUUUUUGUUUUUGUCUAGAGUAUGCACAGCCUUUUAUUUUGCCAAUAUUUUUCACUUUUAAAGGAGUGCUAUUUCUCAAGAAAAUGAUACAGUUUUAUAUGUUCCAUUUAUGAGGGCAAGAUGUUUGGCACAGUUCCAUUACCCUUCUCCUGGUUCAAUAGAGUUCAGACAGUCACCUGGGAUUUUCCUUAAGUAUGAGGAAUUUACCCAGUGGCUUAAUGCCAGUGUUUUCAGAUUAAGAAGUUCUAGUUUGGUUAUAGCCAUCAGUGAAAAUGUAGAACUGCUGUUUACAUAUUUUAGGAGAUCCAAACUAUUUAAUUCUUUUUCUAUUCUGAUGCAAAAAGAUCUAACAAUAAGUCAGCUGUUCAAUGGUGUAUCUUCAUCACUGGCAACAACCAACAAAACCCAUUUUCUGAAAACUAUAACUUUAUACUAGUGAUUCAAGCCAUUUGAGUGCCUUUUUAUUCAUGUUAGGUCAUAAUUCAACUAGUCAUUCAUAGCUGCGAAGCAGGAAUUGAGACCAAGAAAACAUUUCUUCUAUGGCUUCUUCAUUUUCCUCCCUCCCAGAGAAGUUUCUCUAGCAAAGCUAAUUUGUAUCUCUUUUCAAGAUUUUAUUUUUUAACAAAACUAAAAAAGAAGAAGAAGAGGAGGAGGAAUGUCACGGACUGGAAGGAAACAUAAGGAUGCUAUUCCAUGCUGUGCAAACAUUUCCCCCUGUUUCGUUCAUUACUGCAGACACCCAGGUUGCCUUGCUGAAAGCAUGGCAUUUUGCCUUUUGAAACCACAUUGCCUUUUGCAGUGCAUAUGGCAAAUGGGUAGCUGCACAGAGGGCUGCUUAAAUGCUUUCUCCCCAACAUAACUCCAGAGGUUCUCUUAACUGACAGUGUUCCCUUCCUGCUCUUGUUUUGAGAAGCAAACUUUAAUGUUCAAAUUGUCAUCUGCCUCUGCAGCUGAUAGACCUGUUUUCAGUGGCCGCUCAGUAUUGACAAGCAUCCUAGCUUAACUUCUAGCAACAGAAAAUGAUAAGAUAAACAAGAAGCAUUUUGAAACAGAGAAAGUAGGGACCUUACCAGACAAGGCUUUUCCAGAUGAGAAAUAUGCAAUGCUCCAGCUAUAAUACAUACACCUCUGUGGAAUACAUCUCCCCCCACAUUGUGCAGUGGAAAGAUUAAACCAUUCUGAAUAUUUUAAAGUACAUAAACCCAGCUAUUAAUCAGCAACAGACCUGUGACUGGUAUUGGAUGGGGCACAGUACAAAGUAAAAUAUGUGGAUAUUGUAAUCUGGAAGUACCUAAGGGUAUAGGCAUCCUAUUUAAAAAUUGUGGUUGCAGUGAGCUAGGGAUAUUGCUUAUUUUUAAAACAACAGCAACACAUGCAAUUUUAUGAAUAUAUAAAUAUCCACAAAACACAUCUAAAGGGUUAUUUACAUCAGUAAAAAUGACUUAUUAACCAUCCUUUUAAACUAACAGCUUAAAUACUUCAGAAACAACCCAGUAUUUGCAGGAAAAAGCAUUUACAAGUUCUUUUCUUUGUGUACUUUUAAUUGGUUUAUUGCCAAAUUCACUAGUACUGUACUUCAGAACUUGUAUAGUUAGACCUGGUAGGUUACUGUGUUAUUCCUACUUGGCAGUAACAAUGGAACAAUGUAACCUGUAAAUGAUGGUUUUCCAACUCUCAAUUUUCUCAGAAGAGCAGAAAACGAUAAUAUAAAUUCUGAUGUGUGUAUAUAUUUGUACCUCACACUAUCUUGCAAACUGAAGAAAAGAAGCAUUCCAAAAAGUUAAGAUACCAAGUAUAUACAAUAUAGUCAGUAAAAUACUAGCAGCUUCAGCUCCAGUGACCAAAUGCUAGUCCAGACAGAAAGGUUGCUUAGGCUGCGUAAAAACCAAGGAUUUAAAGCACAGCCCCCCCCCCCAGAAUCAUGGGGUGUGUAGUUCACCCCCACAGAGCUAUGAUUCCCAAUAGCCUUAACAAAUUACAGUUCUCAAUAUUAUUUGUGUAGGGUGUGUGUCUUAAAAGUAUGGUGAUUAUUGCAGCCAUCGUUCCUAGAAAAUACUCCUCCUCAACUUUUGGCAGACCUCCAGAGCCAAAGAUUUCAUCAUUGUGGUGUAGCCACCAAUAAUAUUUCAACAUUUUCUUGACAGCACACUCCUCAUGAGUAAUUUAUUCAAGAUUUUUCAUUAUAACCUAACAGUAAACACUGAAAGAAAAUGAGGGAAAAAGGCGCUAAAGUAAGAAAAUAGCAAAGUUUUGAAAAGCACGUGUUACACAUUUUGGUGGUAAAAAACAGGAAGAAAAGAAGCUAUUCUAAUCAUUAAAUAAUGUCAUUUGUCUUGGGCUUCUGCGGAGGUUAUUGAAAAUUCAGUGCUCUGUUUUCAAACACAAAAGCAGGAAGCUGAGGAACAAUAUAGAAGAAGAUGAAGAGGAAAGCAAGAUGUUAAAAUAAAAUGGAAAUGCAAUGAAAAGGGAAAGGAGGUGAGCUGAAGUAAGUUGUUAUAUAUGAACUGGGCCAGGCAUCAAGCAUACCAGGUUGUAGCAGGUGCAGCUUUGGGGAAAUAUGGCUGUAAUCAAGGUGCUAGUACUAAAUGGGAUAAGAGGCAAAGGAAAACAUGCCCUAAUUUUUAAUAACCUGCAGUGCUCCAAAAUGCAAUAGUUGUUUUUACAUAUGUAACAGUACUAAUAAGAGGGUACAUUUGGGAUAGUUCCAGAUGACAAGAAGUGAGGAAAGUUGCACUUCCAGGGAGAAAUAUUCAAAGCGUGAGAGUUUGUUGCACUACAAUUGCACUAUUUGAAGGUUUCAAAGGCAUAUCGCUUAUAUGUGCGCUUUCAGGAACUGAGGUUGCAGCUGUAUAAAUUAGAACUCUUCCAUUUGGAACAUUUUUUAGCAUUUUGAUUGUUUUAUUUGUACCUUUAUAAUUGUAUCUUCUGUUGUUGUAACCCACCCUGGGUCCUUAUGGUAUAGAAUGCAUAAGAAAGUCACAACUAAUCACAACAUAAUCACAACUAAUCAUUCACUGCACUGGAAUCAUCAAUAAAACUUUGAAGCAGGUGCUGGAGGAGACUCUUGAGAAUCCCAUGUACUGCAAGAAGAUCAAACUUAUCCAUUCUGAAGGAAAUCAGCCCUGAGUGCUCACUGGAAGGACAGAUCCUGAAGCUGAGGCUCCAAUACUUUGGCCACCUCAUGAGAAGAGAAGACUCCCUGGAAAAGACCCUGAUGUUGGGAAAGAUGGAGGGCACAAGGAGAAGGGGACGACAGAGGACGAGAUGGCUGGACAGUGUUCUCGAAGCCACCAACAUGAGUCUGACCAAACUGCGGGAGGCAGUGGAAGACAGGAGUGCCUGGCGUGCUCUGGUCCAUGGGGUCACGAAGAGUUGGACACGACUAAACGACUAAACAACAACAACAAGUGGGACUCUUCUUCUGCGAAUGUAAACUGGCUGCUAUGUGUUCUGUUCAGGCAAGGAGAAAGAACUGGCUGGCAGCAGAGUGUCUGUGAACAAGAGAGGGCAAGAAUAAGAGAGAUUCCCUGCUGUUGUUUUUAAAAAGAAAAGGCAGAGGUCUCCACUUGUUAAACUGAAACAGCUAACUCUAUACUUCAAGCAAAACCUUCUUUUGCCCAACAGAGAUCACCUAGAGUCUGCCAGUGAGAGCAUUUGUGUAUCUUUGCAUUACUUCCUGCCAGCUGAGUCAAGUUCACACUUUUUACUGCGUGGAAAAUAAAUGUUGCCUCAAGGAAGCCAAAGUAGGGCCUUUGAAGCCAAAGUAAAUGUUUAAAAAUGAUCCAGUUGCUUGACCUUAAUAUAAAAAUGGUUUUACACCUAAUAAAUAGCUCCUCUGCUAUUAAUUUUUAUGUAGCCCCCAUCCCUACAUGUAAGAUUAUAAAACAAAGGGAUUUAAAAGGAGAGAACGAAUGAAAAUGACAACCUAUUUAUUUUAUUUUUCUAUCUUAACUCCUUCUAACACUCAUCAACAUUCCUGAUUUGUAGACCAGGUGUAUAAAUAUGAACAAGAGGUUGGAGCUGGAAGUCUGCCAGUCUAGUUUCUAACCUAGUAUUGAUUGAAACUCAAUCAAAACAACACUGAGUUGAGCCUAAGAAGCUCGUGUGUCCUAUUUUAUAGAGGACAGUCCUCUAUUUGAAAGGCAAGUCCAGUAUGAAUAAAAUAAGCCAUGAAAAAAGGGAGCAGGGGUCUUGAAAUUGCCCAGCAGCAGCACCUGCAUAGCAGACAGAAUGCACACAGGUCCCUGGUCAGCCUGCCCCAUUAUGACAAUAUGUAGCAUAUUUCAAUUGCAAUUAUAGUUAACAUCUUCUAAAUUUGCAUCUAUACACAUAAAUUGGUGUUUGCAAGUUGUAUGCAAAUUGCGAUCUUCUUUUCAGCUACUCCUUGAUGAUGCAUAUCCUUUUCUUUUCAUGGGGGACGGGGCAGGGCUGGUGUGUAGUUGGCUAGCCUAGAUUAGCUACGUGAUAACAGAAAGCUUCACUGGACUGUUAAAUAAAAAGCCUUAAAUGCAUGUUACAAGGAAGCUCUGUCCAGUUUGAACUCUGUACAUGACCCAAGCCUAUGUAAUUUGUUUGGUUCUUAGUGGUGAAAGUAUAGCUGUGGUGGAGAGGGAAACCCUUGUGCCUUGAGCCAAUAAUAAUCCCCUCCCAGGCACAUGCCAUUCAUAAGCAAGAGUCUGCACCUUGCCCCAAUUAAAUCCUGAAUCCAGUACCGCUUCUACAUGCAAGCUAAACCCUUAAUUCAGCCAAUAAUCUCCCAUUAGUAAUAAAUGAGUAUCAACCAGCAAGCACACACCUAAUUAAAUUAAGCACCCUUUCACACUUCUUGAGAAGCCCAAGCCUGUCCCUUUCUCAGCAAGAAUGAGGGCACAUUGCUAAUAGACUGUGUUAAUUAGGUCAAGAGUAUUCCUUUUUCUGCAUUUCCGAGAACUUCCAUGUUCACCCCUUUCAGCAAAGGCAAGAACAUCUUGCUAAAAAUAGACCAGAUGAGAAGAGAUGUCACUAUUGCUGGGCUUUCACCCUGUGGCAUGACAGUUAAUUAACUCAGGAUAUCCCAGGAACUCUCCACCUGUGCUUUUUGCUAUGAACACUCAGGUAUGAACCCAGACUCCUUGUGGAAAAACACCUCUAGUCGUGAAACACACUUUCCCUAUACAGUAACCGCAUGCACAGGGCAUCACCACUUUGUUCAGGAUUCUGCCUGGGAGGCUGUGCCACACCACUCGGGUUCAGUUUUAUGGCAUGCUUUGCUUCCCCCCACCCCUAGAACCCCCCAGGUCCACCAACAGGGCACAAGUGCAAACUAGUGCCUUGAAAAGGGAGGACAGACAUAUCAUUAAUGAAAAAAGUGCUCCCAUUUCAACCUAGGGCUUUGUUUUCCAUAGAAGAACUGAGCUCAUGGUCCUUUCACAUAUAAACCCAUCCCACCACUACCUUGCUUAAUAUUUGACUAGCUGGACUAAAAAAAUUGUUCACUGUUUUCUACACUUUGCUUGGUCAUAAGGCAUUUGAGGAUUUUUCAAAAUAAGAGUGGCAGUUUGUCUCUUAACCAUGCAUAUUAAUGCAACUUACCUCUCGCUCUGCUUAGCUUAUUUGCUGGGCUUCUCUCUGAAAACAAACUUUUUGACAAGCAGAGGACUGGCCAGGAGAUGACGUCUUAAUUCCUGCUGUGAAAUGAGUGGCAGUGGUUCCUUCCUCCAUCUAUGUUUCACUGAGCCCCCAAAACAUAGAAGAGUUACCGUGCAGCAAGAACUUCAUCAUGUGAUUUUGCUGAUCGCAAUCGUUGGCUUGUCCUGUCAUCUGGGCAGUGUAUCAUAGAGGAGAUCCAGCCUCCCCUAGUAACUUGCACCUGACUUUUUGAGGGUUUUCUGUCAAUUAAAAUGAGAUAACAAUGACCAGGGAUGGUUAUCAUUGCCUCUUUCUGGUUUCUUUCAAGCAGGACAUGAGUGCAACAGCAGUUUUCCCGCAGAGAUGACAGAAAUAAGUGGUUAGCUUUUGUGCACAGGAUAUGUAAUUGUGGGGAGCAGCCUUGAUACCAUUUUCAACUCAAAGCUGGAGAGCAGCUGGAGCUUGUUCUUUCACCAAAGAUCCACAUCUCUCUCCAGCUUAAUUCUGGAGCUGGGAAAAGGAGCAGAGAAUUGCUCCUGGCCUAUGCUGUGUCUUAGAGGUACGGUACAAGAUCAGGGACAAGGCCAUCCAAAAACACGUUGACCCCUCUUCAGACUUACCUCCUUAAGAUAGCAGACCAGUUGUGUUUCUGAGUUUGCAAGGGUGUGUUGAAAGUUGGCCUAGUCAGGAGACACUUCCUGCGAUGACCCACCUCUCCCACUUCUGCUCUGUCCUGUAGCAUAUUCUGUGUGGACCUGAGAGUGCAGAGUACGUGCUUUGGGUUUGGCUCCAUAAUCCCUGACCAGAACUGGGCAGGUGGGAGACCGAACACUAGAAAGAAAGCAAUUAACGACGAUGCUUCAAACAACUGUGGUGUGUGCAGAGUGGGUUUUUCUUCUUUUUUCCUGGCCAGCAGCCAUGUAAGUGGCCUAAUAGCUUAUAUGCAUGCCGGACUUUAUUUGCAAAUUAUGUAUAUAAAGUGCUCCCAUCCAUUUAAGAUGUAACCUAAUACCACAGAGAGUCAACAAUGAGCACUUUGAUAUGUGACUCGUUUUAUCUAAUGGAAGUUGUAAGCCGAUGAGUACAAGAAGCAUGUCCAGUAUAAAUGAAAUGCACACGCCCAGAAACACUAGGAGUGAGGAUGGAGGAGGUAAAGUUAUCUAUUUAAAAUGGUUAUAUCCGUUCUUCGCAUUCAUGAGGAUCUGCAAGGUGCCUUAGCAAGAAUGAAAAAAGCUCAUGUGAAACAAUCAUGCAGCAACAAUAAAGCAAAAUGUAAUUGAUAAUUAUCCCAAAUACUAUCUAAAAUAGGGUUUUUAACUUGUGCUCUACAGCUGACCGGUGAGGGGGCAUGUGAGUCCUUGAGAGGGUGUUCUAUAGUCUAGGUGCCACAACUGAGAAAGGCCCUGCAUUGUGUGAUAUGCACUGUCAGUAGAAUGCCUGGGGAAUAUGCAGCAGAGUCUUUGAAGACAAUCUAAGUGAGUGGAUAGGUUCAUACAGGAUUAGAUGGUCCAUAAAAUAUUCAGGCCUCAGAUAAUUUAGGACUUCAUAGGUAAAAAACAAAACAACUCAAAAUGGGCUUGAAUUGUGAGGAAGAGCAGCUGAACGAAUGGGCACUAAACGAGCAGUUGUAGAUUGUGGUGUAUUUGCUUCCUGAUUCCAAAUGCUGGCUUCUGCAACUGCAGUGAAGUGAAUAGAUUCUGUUGUUUGGAAGCCCAAGAGACACAGGCAAGUGCUAGAAGCAGCUUCAUACUGGAGUCCCGUGAACACUUAUCAGGGACUAAGCCCCAUUGAACAUGGUAGUUCUUUCUUCUGUUUAACUGCGUAAACAGGAUUGUGCUGCCAGCGGCUUGCGAGAAAGCUCUGCUCACUCUAGCUGAGUUUGAUUCAAAGUGAGGUGCCAAAGGGUUAGGGGGUGGGGCCCUUGGUUUUCCUAACACGUCUGCAUUGUUUAGCCUUGGGGUCCCCUUCUGCUCCUUAUUGUGAAAUUCAUUCCAAGAUGGUUAAAUUUGCAAGUAGCAGAGUAGAACAGGAGGUUUAUGUAAACAAAUUAUGUGGACAUUAAACGAACUUCCUCCUGAGGUUUGAAUUAUCAUUAUAUUUUGGUUUGUGCCACUAUUUUGUGAGUCCAGUUUUUGUAUAUUUUCAUGUUAAGAUCAUUGCUAUGACUUUUUUUUUUUGUUAAACAUACUUGCUCUUGACUGAUAAUUCCCCUCCUUCCCUUGUUCCAAGUAAACUUUUUUUCCAUGCCAUUAAACAAUAAACCUGCUGUCUUAACUACUUCCUUUAGCUCACUGAAAACCUCCCUGAAGUCCCCUUUUCUGAUUUGUUGUUGCCUUCAGCAGCAUUGGGAAAACCCCACUCUCAGUUGACUGAAUGUGUCUGAACGAGCCUCUCUACGGUUCUUUCCAAAUAUAUGUAUCUCAAUUGUUCUUCCAUUCUGUGUAUUUUCUUGCGGGGAAGCAAAAAAAUAUAUCUUACAAAUCCUUCAAGACUCAGCAGGAGCAGUCUUCUCUUCUAGAGACAGAAGCAGUUUGGCAUGCCUUGAAGUAAAUGGGAGACAUUUAGUCCUUCAAUGCAUCAAGCUUGAUCAA